AUGGCCAUUUACACCGCCUCUAAGACUGCUCCAGUCAACAUUGCAACCCUUAAAUACUGGGGCAAAAGGGACAAAAAGCUAAAUUUGCCCACCAACUCUUCUAUCUCGGUGACGUUGGCACAGGACGAUCUUCGCACCUUGACAUCCGUUGCAACUAGUGAGACGUUUUUGGAAGACCAAUUGUGGCUCAAUGGCAAGCUAGAGUCUCUAAAUAGUGAAAGAACACAAAACUGUCUGCAAGAUUUGCGCGAUCUUCGCUGCAAGCUCGAAUCUGGCGAUAAAAACUUGGUUCCCAUGUCCAAAUGGAAACUCCACAUCGUCUCCGAGAACAACUUUCCUACAGCAGCAGGACUGGCAUCUUCUGCCGCAGGCUUUGCCGCUCUUGUUGCGGCUAUUGCCAAACUAUACGAGCUUCCAGAAUCGGCGUCUGAGAUUUCCAAAAUUGCGCGCAAAGGCUCAGGGUCUGCAUGCAGAUCGCUAUUUGGCGGAUAUGUAGCUUGGGAAAUGGGUUCUGAGUCCGAUGGAUCCGAUUCCAAGGCUGUCCAAGUCGCUUCCAGGGAGCAUUGGCCAGAAAUGAAGGCCGCGAUCCUCGUUGUAAGUGCUGCCAAGAAAGACACGCCCUCGACCAGCGGAAUGCAGCACACUGUCGCUACUUCGGAUCUUUUCCAAGAGCGUAUUCAAAACGUUGUGCCCAAGAGAUUCGAGCAAAUGAAGCAAGCCAUUGUGGCCAAGGACUUCCCAACCUUUGCUGAACUCACCAUGCGCGACUCCAAUUCGUUCCACGCUACGUGCCUGGACUCGUAUCCUCCCAUUUUCUACAUGAACGACACUUCGCGCCAGGUUGUGAAGCUAUGUCACCAGAUCAACGCUUUCUUUGGCGAAACCAUCGUGGCGUACACGUUCGAUGCAGGUCCAAAUGCAGUGUUGUAUUACUUACAACACAACGAAACCAAAUUGAUGGCUUUUAUUCACCAGGUGUUCAAGCAAAACUCCGGCUGGGAUUCCAAAUUUUCUGCAAAAGAACUUGCUGCGUUUGAAGAGUAUUUCACCUGCAACGUCGCUCCUGAUUUGGCCUUCGAGCUUGACGAGACGCUGCAUAAGAAUGUUUCUCGUGUUAUUCUCACCCAAGUUGGUCCAGCUCCGCAAGACACUGAAGAGUGCUUGAUUGACACAACCACCGGAAAACCUAAAUAA